AUGCCCCUGAGAUGGUGGCGAAAAUUGGUGUUAUUGCUCUCGAGAGCCGACAUGCGCUCAUUGCGAGCCUCCCUGCUGUUGCCUCUCGUCCUCAUCCUCCACCAUCACCACCGGGGAGUCCACCUGCAGUACGCCCGCGACGGAGCUCGGCUGCACGGCCUGCGUGAGCGCGGAGGAGCCGCUGUCUCCGUCGCAGGUGGAGGAAUCGGGCACCACCUGCCCACCUACAUGGUGCACCUCUACCGCAACUUCAAGUCCAACGCUUCGGAUGCGGCGGAGCAAGAGUUAAAGGGGCGAGCGGACACUGUGAGGAGUUUAAUGGCGAAAGAUUUGGUGCGCAGACACGGGCGCUGGGCAGCAACAUUUGACCUUCAUGGUCUUCUGUCCGACAAGCAGAUCCAAGCAGCGGAAUUGAGAAUCCGGCUACCCCUGAGCGCUCUUGACGUGUCAGUGGCGGUGUACCACCAGCACGGGCCCGAGUGCCACCCGGUGUCGGAUAUCUGCCGCGAAGGGCCACAGCAGGUUGGCUUCAUGGGCCCGUCCUCGCUGGUAUCAUCCACCCACAGCUGGAGGGUCUUCAACAUGACGGGCCCGCUACUUGCCUGGCUACGGGAAAAGUCCAUUGUCAGGGUACGACGCAAACGGGUCACCAGGAGGAAGAGCGGUGAGGUGGCGCUUCUCGGGUUGGACUCAAUGAGCGAGCGAGCCUUGCUAGUCAUCUUCUCACAUACGGAUUCAGAUCAGAACCCCAAAGCCAAGGCCAGUUUGCUUCACACAGCUGAGCGCUCUAAGUUCUUGAGCACGGCUGAGACCAGGAGACCUGCACGCGGGCCCUCUAAGAGGCGCAGGAGCAAACGUGGUCAGAGGGAACAGGGCGGGAAAACCCGGGCACCCAGAAGAGAAGAUGACGAGUCUCUGUGCCGCAGAGUGGAUCUUCAUGUGGAUUUUAACCUGAUCGGAUGGGGGUCUUGGAUCAUCUUCCCCAAAAAAUACAACGCUUACCGCUGCGAAGGAUCCUGCCCGGGACCCUUGGGCGCCCACCUCAACCCAACCAAUCAUGCUUAUAUGCAGAGUUUACUCAAGCAUUACCAAGCUGACAGAGUGGCCUCGCCAUGCUGCGCCCCAACCAGGAUGAGCCCGCUGAGCAUGCUUUACUACGAGAACGGAGAGAUGCUCCUGCGGCAUCACGAGGACAUGAUGGUAGAUGAGUGCGGCUGCCAAUGAGCACAGCAGCGGAAGCAGACUUUGAAAAAAGAAAAAAACAACACUUAAAAAAAGAGGGAGCUCUUUUGUUGCUAUGCACUGUUUGUUAAUCUGUAAAUUAUUGUAUAUUUAUUGUAAAUAUUAUAAACAGCCAUAUUUAUGUAUGUAUAUUUUUGGAAAGAUGUUGUGUUAUGUCACAUUGGUAACAUAUUGCUGCUAUGUAGUUGUCUUUUAUUUAAGGGUUUUUUUUUUUUUUCUUUUUUCUUUUUCUAAAGCAUAAGCACCAGGUUACUUCCAGGUGGCAGAA